AAUAAUUGAAAUUGAGAUAUUUUUGUGAAAAAGAUGUCUCAAAAUCUCAAUAAUGGCUCAUCGUCACAUCGUGAUUAUGGUGCCACUUCAUCAUCGAACGCCAACAUGAUGAGUUCGUCUACCAAUAUACCCGAUGUGAAUUUCUCGGGCUUUAGUCCCACAGAAUUUAUGUCGCUGAGCGAAGAUAUUGCCCAUAAUAUACAAGCGGUUAAUUCCUCUUCCAAACAAUUGGAUAAAAUACUGCAAAUAUUGGGUACACCGCGCGAUCAACAAUCGACACGUGAUAAAGUCCAUGACAUACACACCAAAAGCAAUUCACGCAUUGAGGCCACCUCUGUGGAUUUGCAAAGACUCACGGCAAUAGUAAGACGUGGCGAUAAACAACAAAAGCUGCAGCUGGAAAAGUUAACAAAUGAUUUUCGCAGCGUGGUGGAAAGAUAUUCAACAACACAGCGGCGCAUAGCUCAGGCCAUGCGUCAAACCUAUACACAACCACAGUUGGCUCAAAUGCAAGAUGAUCGUGAGGCCGAUACGGAAGAGUUAAUACAGAGACAGCAACAAUUGCAGCAGCAGCAAAUGCAGUUUGAGCAUGAUAUGCUAGUGGAUCGUGAGAGACAAUUGAAACAGGUGGAAUCGGAUAUACUGGAUGUUAAUAAGAUAAUGCGUACUAUAACGGCUCUCGUGCAGGCACAGGGUGAAGAAGUUGAACGCAUUGAAACCAGUAUUGAGAAUGCUGCUACUGAGGUUGAACUAGGUCGUGAUGAAUUAGCCAAGGCGGCCGGUAGACGACAAAGUUAUCGUCGUAAAAUUUUAUUACUUUUAGCAAUUGCUGUGAUAAUAGGCUUAAUUGUAACUGGCAUUAUAGUCAGCAAAUUGACCAGUUAAAUUUUACAUUACAAACUUACAGAAGAGUCAAUAAUAAUAUUAUUUAUUAA